AUGCUGCAGAUGAUGACGCUGACGUCCCGGGCGAGGGCCGGUGUUCGCCGUCCGUCCCGCAGCACUAUCCUGCCGCCCUUGCUCUGUCGUGCUGUGUCCGCCGCCGCCGCCCCUCUGCUGGCCUCCAAGCAGGUGAGCGAGCGAGCGCUCUCCAUCUCUGCCGGCAGCACCCCUCCCUCACGUGUAACAACCAUAACCCAGCCCCGGCAGUUCAAAGGUCAGAGGAAGGAGCAGAGGCCAAAGGUGAGCGCCAACAAGCAGGAAGUGGAGAUCAGGCAAUCCAUGACAGUGGAGGCCCUCGCACGAGCCAUGAAGAAAGCCCCCGAUCACGUGUUGGAGGCGCUGACGGACGCGCCGACGAACGCCGCCUCGGUGCUGGACGAGCGGCAAAUCAAGGAAGCGGUGAUGCGCUCGGGCAUGAAGUUCCGCUGGGAGAAGCUGAGCCAGACGCCGCAGCGCCACAACAGAGACGCCGUGCCCAGACCCCCGGCGGAUCCCGGCAAGCUGGUGCGGCGGCCCCCGGUGAUCACCAUCAUGGGCCACGUGGACCACGGCAAGACCACGCUGCUGGACAGCCUGAGGAAAAGCCAGCUGGCGGCGGCUGAGGCCGGCGGCAUCACGCAGCGCAUCGGCGCCUUCGCAGUGGAGUUGGCGACGGGCGAGAGGAUCACCUUCCUGGACACGCCGGGUCACGCCGCCUUCUCGGCCAUGAGGGCCCGCGGCGCCGGCGCCACCGACAUCGUCAUCCUGGUGGUGGCCGCCGACGAUGGCGUCAUGGAUCAGACGGUGGAGUCCAUCCGGCACGCCAAGAGAGCGGAAGUUCCCAUCAUCGUGGCGGUCAACAAAUGCGACAAGGCUCGUGCCGAUCCCCGGCGGGUCACACGAGAACUGCUGGCCCACGAAGUGGUGUGCGAGGACUUCGGGGGCGACGUCCAGGCCGUGCAAGUGUCGGCCCUGAAGGGGCACAACUUGCCGGCGCUGGUCGAGGCCACAGCGGCCCUAGCUGAGAUUCUGGAGCUGAAGGCGGAACCCCAAGGCGCUGCGGAGGGCCUGGUGGUGGAGAGCCGCACGGACAAAGGCAAAGGUCCCGUGACCACCAUGCUGGUCCAGCGGGGGGCCCUGCGGCGAGGCUGCGUGCUGGUGGCGGGCAAGACCUGGGCCAAGGUGCGCCACCUAUGGGACGAGCACGGCUGCGCGGUGGAGGAGGCGGGGCCCGGCGUAGCGGUGGAGGUGGCGGGCUGGAAGGAUGUGCCCUCUGCCGGCGACGUGAUCCUGGAGGUGGAGUCGGAGCGGCGAGCCAAGGAGGUGGUGACCUGGCGGAGUCAGGAGGAGGAGCUGGAGCGGCAGGGGGCGGAGCACACCGCCGUGGAGGCCAAGCGGCGGGAGCACGACGACACCUACAGGAAGGAGAGGGCGGAGUUGGCGCAUCUCGGUUGGCGGCAGAGGAAGUCGCUGCUCUACCGCAGAAACAAGAGCAAGUUUUCCAACAGGCCCGGCGAGAAAACGGCACCAGUGCACGUGGGCCUGCCGCUGGUCAUCAAAGCUGAUGCAGACGGCUCCUUGGAGGCCAUCUUGAACAUCCUGGACACCUACGACGCCGACCAUCAGUGCCGCCUGGACGUGGUGCACUUUGGCAUCGGCGACGUCUCCGAAAACGACCUCAACAUGGCGGAAACCUUUGGAGGCAGCGUGUACGGCUUCAACGUGGCGGCGAGCAAGGCCAUCCAGCAAACGGCGUCGCACCGCAACAUCCCCGUCAGGCUUCACGACAUCAUCUACAAAAUGGUGGACCAGCUCAAGGCCGAGAUUGGUGACAAGCUACCGCCGCUGGUCACUUGCCAGAUCCUGGGCGAGGCCACGGUCCUGGCCGUCUUUGACGUGACGGCGGGUAAAAAGAAGAUGGCGGUGGCCGGCUGCCGCGUUGUCAAGGGUCAGCUGGAGCGCAAGAUGAAGUUUCGACUGAUUCGCGACGGCGAGACGCUGUGGGAGGGAGGCCUGCUGGCAUUGAAGCAUCACAAGGAGGACGUCAACACGGCCAAGGCGGGCGGCGAGUGCGGCCUGUCGGCCGACGGGAACAUCACCUUCCUGCCCGGCGACGUGGUCCACUGCUUCAGAGAAGCGGAGGAGCCGCAGGUCAGCGCCUGGGAGCCCCCUGGAUUCUGAGGACCUCCAAAAACAAAGACGCCAGUUGAAAAAGACAAAAAGGAAAAAAAGCAAGUUGAAAGAUGCCAGUCGGGGAAAGACAAAAAAGAAAAAAAGAAGUUGGCAGCCACCGCCCGCUGCUGCUUUGGCGCUUCCCCAUUCAGACGGACGCUCCCGCCUGGCCGAGAACAUCUCCCGCCUGGGCGUGCUGUGGAACACACAGAGUACACCUUUCAAUUUUUGGAGUUGCGGGAGAUUUUUUUAGUUUUUUUAAAGGACUGCUGUGCACUGGGGCAAAAAGAGAAGGAACACUUUGUGGGUGGAUUGAUUUGAAUGAGCUUUGUGGGUGGCAGCAAAUGCAAUGGCUGCUCUUGAAAUAAAAUGAAUAAUGGGCUCA